AUGGGGGCGGCGGUCCUCUGCUCGCCAGGGCGUUCCCUGGCCGAGGCCUCCGCGCCGCCGCCACCCAACCUCGCCGCACCCAAACGCCCCUCACGACGCCGCCGCGCCGCCACGACCUCCCUCCUCGCCCACCUCGCCGGGAUCUCCUCUCCGCCCGACACCUCCGCCAUGCGCCGCCGGGGACCGCCGCACCCGGCGCCGCCGACCGCUCGCGCCGCUUGCGCCGCCUCUUCGAUGUCCCGCCUCCGCACCGCAGGGGAUCCGUCGGGGGCGCGCCCACCUUCACCCACCGACUUCGCCGGCCGGGCGUGGCCGCCACCGCCGACGACAGCGACGGCAGCGGCCGAGGGGAAGGGUGGCGGCGGCUUCUAG